UACGUUCGUGCCACUUUUUCGUAGGGAUCGCAAGGCCGACAGAGAGACCACACGACAGCUAAUGAAGCCGAAGGCCCCCAGCGACGCCAAGACGGCGCUGGAGCUGGCCGAGUCCAGCGAAUGGAGCGCGCUGGACCGCCUCGUUACGGCGCAGCCCGAGCGCGCCGACGACAUGGACGACUUUGGCAUGAUGCCAUUGCACUGGGCCUGCACAGACACGCACGUGCCGCUACGUGUCAUCAAGAAGCUGGUAGACGUGGCCCCGUCUGCUCUAAGCCACAAGAAUAAGGGAGGCUUGCUGCCGCUCCACAUUGCCGUCAAGGCCGCCACUAAGCUCGAGGUUCUACGCGCGCUAGUACAGACCGCACCCGACGUCGCCUCCUGUCUGUUCGAAGAGACCCCGACGGGCGAGACGCCUGCUGAGCUUGCCCGAGCCUACCAACUCACCGAUGACAAGGUUAGUUUCUUGGUAGACAUGGAGCAACAGCUCCGCGCAGCGGGUAAAGCUCCCGACCGCCGGAGCGCAAGAUUCCAGGCCUUCUUAAACCAACCGGGAGGCUUCCCCCUUCAAGCAGACGAUACCUCUAGUAUCAGCAGCUUCAGGAGUCUCCCCACUGCGCUGGGAAGUGGCCGCGGAGGUGCCGCACUAGACGACGAAUGGGCCAGUAACAGAACUGCAGUGGGCGCUCUCCGUCUACCGGACGGCCUGGCGGGCGUCCCGCUGCCCCCGCGUUGGCGACUGGACAAACGCUGCAACAUUUGUCAACUUAAAUUCAGCUACUUUAAGACACGUCAUCACUGUCGCUCCUGUGGCGAGUCGGUGUGCAGUACACACUCGAACAAGCGACUACCUUUGCACCACUUGGGCCUGAAGACACCGCAACGCGUGUGUAUCUUAUGUUACGAUGAUCUACGUGAGAAUGGCGCGCCCUCAGCUGUAGUCAACAUGUACGGCCACGGACGGCACAGCGGCUUGCCGCCAAUGGAGCCGAAUAUGUCGCGACAGGAGUCCACGCCACCCCCCGGCAAGACUGGCCGACCGCCGCUGCGAUCCAUCAACAGCACAGUAUCAAUGACCACCACGUCUUCAAGCAGCCGCAACUCGGCGUUCCAGAGUCCCUCAACAGACAACAACGAUGGACGGGAUCCUACACUAACAACCAACUUGCCGUUCGAGGACGACUCGCGUGGCCGUCCUCGUGCCUGGACAGAUGUAGACUCGACGGAGAAGUAUCAGGAUAUGCAGGAACAAGUCCGGGAGCUGGAGUCCCAUGUACAGGAGCUCACAAUGGCCAAGUCGCGCAUUGAAAAGAAGUUGGAGGAUGCCACUCGACUGGCUGCUGAAGCCAAGAAGGAGCGCAACGCUGUGGACGCGAACGUGGCGGAGCUGCGCAACAACCGCAUCAUCGAUAUUAACCGCAUCUCGUUCGACGACGAUGAAGACGACGAGAACCAGAACAAUAGCAACAAGGCACCGGACUUUACCAAGAGUUUUAUGCAAGGCAGACACCGUCAGGUCACAGCGGAAGUUGAAAAGAACACCGAGCUGAUCGAGGACAAGGAAGUGAGCGUGGCCGAAACGUGCAACUACCUGGGUCAGGUAUUCCUGGACCGUGGCGAGUACAACAGCGCUGUCGUGGAGUUCCGCAAGUCGGUGGAUGCUAAUCGAAAAGAUGUGGACGUGUGGAUAAAUCUGGCACGUGCACUUCACGGCGCUGGCGAGUUUUACGACGCUGAGAUCGCCAUCCGACGUGCAUUGGCUCUUACUUCCAAGAACUACGCGUCGCUGUCGCUGCUGGGCAAGAUUUUGCACUCCAAGGGCGAGCACGAUAAGGCUGUCGAAGUGUUCCGUGAGGCUCUGAGUCUAAUGGAUCAGGAGGACGACUCGGAUGAAGAUGUCGGCUCGAUGACCGUCGGUUGGUGA